CGCAGUCUCCGGCUGCCUAUUGGUUCGCAGUACUGUCGCUCAGGUGCAGUUCCCACUUCCGCCUCUUUCUUCCCUUUCCUGUUAGGCGAGAGCUGCGGAAGGCGAGGGUGUUGGACGCCGUUUCUCGUUUUCAUCAUAUAGACAAAACAGCCCUGCUGCAAAGAUGGUCAAUGUACCUAAAACCCGAAGAACCUUCUGUAAGAAGUGUGGCAAGCAUCAGCCUCACAAAGUGACACAGUAUAAGAAGGGCAAGGAUUCUUUGUAUGCCCAGGGAAGGAGGCGCUAUGAUCGGAAGCAGAGUGGCUAUGGUGGGCAGACAAAGCCAAUUUUCCGGAAGAAGGCUAAGACCACAAAGAAGAUUGUGCUAAGGCUGGAAUGUGUUGAGCCUAACUGCAGAUCCAAGAGGAUGCUGGCCAUUAAGAGAUGCAAGCAUUUUGAACUGGGAGGAGAUAAGAAGAGAAAGGGCCAAGUGAUCCAGUUCUAAACUUUGGGAUAUUUUUCUUCUAAUUUUGAAGAGAAAAUGGUGAAGACAUAGAAAAGUUACCUGAGGGAAAAUAAAUACAGUGAUAUUCUUACGCAAA